AUGGCUUCCUCGGUGUAUUCCGUGUUCACGUUAAGCCUUUUUGUGGCUGUGAUCGCGGCGAAAAACCAUCCCAUCACCACGCAGCUGUCGGCCAAAUGGAGUGUUACUCCGGUACACCUGGAGAUUGCCGAAUUCAUCGAUGAAGAAAGUGCCAAUUCGUUCUGGGAUUACGUGGAAUUGUUGAACAACGUCCGUGGCACGCUUUACAAUUUGGAAACCGAAGAGAAACGUUACCGCAAGUCGAUUGAGCUGGCGUCGGAGAUUCUCGGAGAUGGCCAAAUUAGCCUGUUAAAGUUGGCUCUUUCGCUGCAUAGCUUUUCACCCAAAGUGCAAAGUUCGCUGCAGGUGGCUCACGAAGUUUUGGCUAAGGGCGACUGCGAAACGACGAUAUUUGCCAGCGUCAAUGGCAAGGUUGCGUGUGAGGUCGACGAACUCAAAAGUAUCUUGCGAGCCGGUGGCAAAGAUGUAUCGACCGUUGAAACCUUCGCUAUCGAUCACAUUUAUCCCGGAUCGGAGAAUCAUUCCCUCACGGUGGUGUUGUACGGCGAGCUCGGUACGCAAGAAUUCAAGCGGUUCCAUGACAUCAUUCGCCCGGAGACGGAUCGUGGAACAGUGCGGUACGUGUUGCGACAUUACGUGAGGGGUAUUUCGUCACGUAAAGUUCGCCUGUCGGGCUACGGCGUUGAGUUACACCUGAAAUCGACGGAAUACAAGAGCCAGGAUGACGCGCAACACGUCCAUGAGCCGGCAAAUGUGGAGAGUGACGGGGACGAGCAGGCGGAAGCAGAAGUCGAGGGUUUCGACUUUGCAAGCCUCAAGACGCGCUUACCUCAUCUGGCGCACUCGCUGGACCGGUUCCGGAACGCGCUGCUCGAGAAGCACGAGGAAAUUGAACCGCUAAAAGCCUGGGAGUUCCAGGAGCUGGGUUUGCAAGCCGCCCAGCGAAUCGCCGAACUCCAGGGCGAGGAAUCGUUGCGGAUGCUUCAGUUCACUGCUCAGAAUUUUCCCACGCAAGCAAAAUCGCUACUAACGCAAUCGGUUUCGGAGGACUUCAAGAAGGAAAUGAGGAACAAUGUCGAAGUGUUUGGCCGCAACCUUAACCUACAACCACCGGACGCGGCUUUGUUUCUGAAUGGUUUGUUUUUCGACGCCGAUACGAUCGACACGAUUACGCUGCUAGAUACGCUUCGUUCGGAAAUGCGUGUUCUCGAGGGUCUGAACCGGAUCAACAUCCGUGGGCGAAGCGCCACGCCAUUGCUGGGCCUUGAUCUGUCGUCUAGCUCAAAGGAGUUUGCGAUUGACCUCCGUGAUUCGGCCAUUACGUGGAUAAACGAUCUCGAGAACGAUGCUCAGUACCGUCGCUGGCCAGCCAGCUUGAAGGAUUUGCUCCGGCCCACGUUUCCGGGAAUGCUACGCAAUAUUCGCAAGAAUCUCUUCAAUUUGGUGCUUAUUGUUGACCCGGUAGCCGGUGACAGUGCCGGGCGAGACAUUGUGAAACUUGCGGAAAGCUUCAUUGUGCAUAUGGCUCCGGUGCGCAUUGGAUUGGUGUUUCAAACUGGUGACGGCGAGGAUUACAGAGCUGUAACGUGUGCUUUCAACUAUGUCCAUCAGAAAAAAUCGGCUAGCGAAGCACUCGGUUUUCUAACGGACCUGUUUGCGGCAACGGUUGAGCGGAAGGUGAUCCGGUACGCCGACGUACGAGAGGUGUUGCGCAAGAAAUUUAAUCGUCUGAAGCAGGAAGAAAUCGACGAAGUGUUGGGUGAGGACUCGGACUUUGAUUAUGGACGCCAGUUGGCACAAGAAUUUAUUGGUCGGUUGGGACUCAAGACGGUUCCACAAGCGUUGCUGAACGGUGUUUUGUUGCCACAGACAGCGCUCACCAGCGACGAGUUUGAGGAGACGAUCCUCACCGAGAUCAUGCAACAAACACCCACCCUGCAGAAAGCUGUCUACAUGGGCGAUUUGCACGAGGGCGAGCCGGUAAUCGAUUAUCUGAUGAAGCAGCCGCAUGUGAUGCCGCGUUUGAACCAACGCAUUCUCUCGCAAGAAGAACCACAUUUUCUCGACAUGUCUGGACGGCCGCACCCUGAUCUCGAAGAUGUAUCGGCCCUCGGGCAAUUGUCAAACGCUGACCUUACCGCCACCUUGAUGAGCAACUUGAAGUACUUUGGUGGCAAGGCGACUUAUGAAAAGUUCCUUGGCAAUCGGGUUCACUUUCUUACCGUUUGGGUUGUCGGUGAUCUGCGACGGGCGGCAGCUCGUAAGCAGCUUCGUAAUGCACUACUGUUUAUGAAAUCGUCGUCUGGUGUACGGGUUGCGUUUAUACCCAAUGUCGACGGACAAGAUGCGGCACGCUCGGAGCUUAAAAAGGACUUGAAUGCACUAGUUUGGGCCACUAUUAAUACACUCGAAGCGGACGAAACAUACAAUAUCGUCAUGAAACUGUUAGAAGCAACCGAAGCCGGCACCGAUCCGAGUGAGGUCGUGGCCGACUCUGUGCUCGGAUUCCUGCCCGCCACGCAAAUGCAUCUGAAAAUGCUGCGCGUUUACUGUCAGCGCGUGCUGAAGUUACGCGCAUCCGCUAGCACGAUCAUGGCAAACGGACGAUUGUUGGGUGUGUUCGAAACGGACGAGUACUUUGAGACGGAAGAUUAUGGACUGCUCGAUAGCUUCAACGGGUUGCAGUAUACCGAUAAGAUACGCACGGCGCUAAAGCAAGCCUCGCUGUCGGAUCAGGACGAUGCGCCGCCCAUGUCAAGCGAUACCAUCAUGAAACUGGUUUCGAUUCUCGUGCCCCGCCAGCAAUCGAAAUCACGUUACACCAUUCCGUCGGAUGUCCAGGAAAGUCGAACAGUCGUGCAGCUAUCACCAAAGCGUGCCGACCAACCGUUUUUCGAGAUCGUCGCAGUUCUCGAUCCGGCCUCUCGCGGUGCGCAGAAACUGUCUUCCCUUUUGCUGUUAUUGCGCGAUGUCGUCAAUUGUCAGAUGAAAAUUUUCCUGUGUGCCAUCGACAAGCAUAGCGAUAUGCCAGUCAAAACAUUUUAUCGGUUUGUGGUCGAACCCGAGCUACACUUUACCAACGAUGGUCGACUGGGAGCCGGUCCGUCGGCAAAGUUUGUAGGUCUUCCAGCAAGCCCGUUGCUGACACAAAGUUUAAAUGUGCCUGAAAAUUGGCUGGUCGAGGUUGUGCGCUCGGUGUACGAUCUGGAUAACAUUAAACUGUCGGAGAUCAACGGUCCGGUGCACUCGGAGUACGAGCUGGAGCAUCUGCUGCUCGAGGGCCAUUGUUUCGACAGUGCGACCGGUUCACCUCCGCGGGGCUUGCAGAUCACACUAGGCACCGAGGAUCAUCCCAUUAUCGUCGAUACGAUCGUGAUGGCAAACUUGGGCUAUUUCCAACUCAAAGCUAAUCCGGGUGCGUGGAUUCUAAAACUGCGUCACGGCAAGAGUGCCGACAUUUAUGAUAUCACGAGUGCGGAUGGACCAAACACAGUGCACACAGCAGAAAGCACACGUGUCAUCAUCAGCUCGUUGCGUUCGCACGUUCUGAAGCUGCGCGUGACCAAGAAACCCGGCAUGGCCGGGAUGGAUCUCUUGGGUGACGACAAGGACGGUCCCGGUGGUGGCGGAGGUGGGGGAAUAUGGGACUCGAUCAGCUCAAUUGUCGGAACGAGCGACAGCGGUGGCAGCGGAGGAACCGCUGGUGAACCGGAAGUAUUGAAUAUUUUUUCCGUCGCCUCGGGACAUCUCUACGAGCGGCUUCUGCGUAUCAUGAUGCUGUCACUGCUAAAGCACACACGCACCCCGGUUAAGUUUUGGUUCCUAAAGAACUACCUCUCGCCGCAGUUCAUCGAUUUCCUACCGCAUAUGGCCGCGGAGUAUGGGUUCCAGUACGAGUUGGUACAGUACAAGUGGCCACGCUGGUUGCACCAGCAGACGGAGAAGCAGCGUAUUAUCUGGGGCUACAAGAUUCUGUUUCUGGAUGUGCUGUUUCCGCUCGACGUAAGGAAGAUUAUCUUCGUGGAUGCGGAUCAGAUCGUGCGGGCGGACAUGAAGGAGCUGAACGACUUUGAUUUGGGCGGUGCACCGUACGGCUAUACGCCGUUCUGUGACUCGCGCCAAGAGAUGGAGGGUUUCCGCUUUUGGAAGCAAGGUUACUGGAAAAACCAUCUGCAGGGCCGUCGGUAUCAUAUUUCAGCCCUGUACGUGGUAGACCUGAAGCGGUUCCGCAAGAUUGCUGCUGGUGACCGCAUUCGUGGUCAAUAUCAGGCUCUUAGCCAGGAUCCAAACAGUUUAUCCAACCUCGAUCAAGAUUUGCCGAACAACAUGAUCCACCAGGUGGCAAUCAAAUCAUUGCCCCAAGAGUGGCUAUGGUGCGAAACUUGGUGCAGCAGCGAAACGCUACAGUACGCUAAAACGAUAGAUUUGUGUAACAAUCCGUUGACAAAGGAAGCAAAGUUGACCGCCGCUCAGCGCAUCGUGCCCGAAUGGAAAGACUACGAUACAGAAAUUAAGAGGCUACAGGCAAAGGCAGAGGACAGUGAACAUAGCGAGGAGGAGUCUAGCUCUCCGCAGCACUCCGAACAACAUUCCACCGAUGAGACUAAGAAUGAGGGAUCGAAUGCGAAGGCAGAACAUACGGAGCUGUGA